UUUCGACAAGUCUGAUAAUCUUUCAACUGUGUUUUAAAGCUGGAUUCCAGACAUAUAUGAUGAAGAAUUCACCACUCGUCAUCGUUUCUCUCUCUCGGUUUCGCUAGCUCCUUCUAAAGAGAGAAGAGUCCUUUCAUUUCUCUUCUGUGGAUAAACGAAACACACCAGAAAUGUCGAAGAUCCCACUUGAUAUAAUCACCGAUAUCCUAUGCAAACAACCCGUCAAGUCUGUCCUUCGUUUCAGAGCCAUUUCCAAAACAUGCUGCUCCUUCGUCGAUGGCCAAGACUUCAUCAAAAUGCAUCUUAACCAUUCGCUCCAAACCAAGUCCAAUCUCAGCCUCAUUCUCAAAGGUUUGCAUCUCUAUACUAUGGAAUUCGAUACACUGGAUACCCCACUUGAUCUCAACCACCCUUUGAACAUUGGUGGUGGAACCGAAGUUAUUGGUUCGUCUAACGGUUUGAUUGUUUUGCGAAACUCCGAACAAGAUCUUGCUUUGUAUAACCCUUCAACUAGAAAGUUAAAGAGACUUCCAGUUAGUGAAAUUGGGUUGCCAAGUGAUUCUUGUAGUCCUGGUUAUGUUUUUUAUGGGUUCGGACAGGACCCCAUUAAGGAUGACUAUAAAUUAUUGAGAAUGGUGCAGUUUAAAGAGAAUGAUCCUGAUGAAAUUGUGUCUUCUUCUUUUGGUUAUGAAGUUAAGGUUUAUAGUUUAAAGACGAAUUCAUGGAGAAAAAUUAGUAACUUGCCUAGAUAUUUACGUUAUUUGUUUCAAUUCUUUUACCAUCUUAUGUUUAGAAGAGGAUAUGGUGUUCUCGCUAGUGGUUCUUUACAUUGGGUCGCGCCUCGGAGGCAGGAGCUUGUUGAUGUGCCUAAUUUGAUUGUUGCUUUUGAUCUUGUGAAAGAGGAGUUUCGCGAAUUGUCACUGCCUGGUUAUGGUGAUGAAAGUGACAAUAUUAAUAAGAAUUUUCAAUUGGAUGUGGGAGUCUUGGAGGGGUCUCUAUGUGUUGUUUGUUACCGUGACCAAGUUUAUGCGGAUGUUUGGAUGAUGAAAGAGUAUGGGGUGAAGGAAUCUUGGACCAAGUUGUUUACUGUUAAAUGGCCUGGAACAAUGAAUUGUUUAGCAUUCUUGAGACCUUUGGCGUAUUCAAAAGAGGGUGAUAAGGUUCUUGUUGAAGUGAAUGGCGAAAAGCUGUUAUGGUAUGAUUUGGAAAAGAAAAGACUCAGGAGUGUGAGGAUCAAUGGCGGUCCAGAUUCAUUUGGAGCAGAAAUGUGUGUGGGAAGCCUUGUCCCUCUAAAUGAUGGAGAUAGUGAAAUCCAUGGAAUGAAGCAGAGGGAGAAAGAGGAAAAGAAGAAGAUUACAAAUAAGAAGAUCGGGGUUGAUUUCUUGUCAAAAGGGUUUAAGCUGGUUUUGUAAUCACCUGAGAAUAAGAGCACCUAAAGGGAAAGAAGCUGAGCUCUAAACCUUGUAUGAAAUUGUUUUUGGUGAAUUAUUCGCUAAUUGGUUACUUUUGGCUAAUGGUAUGUUGGGUGGAAACCAUAGACCAAAAUAUCAUAUUUAUUAGUACAUUAUGAUUA